GUUCAUUUCCCCUCUCCUUCGCGGUAUCAAUCCCGCUCCCCCCCCUCCUCUCUCUCUCUCUCUCCGUUUAGCAUAAUCAAGGGUCAUCGCCGGCGUGUUCUGAAGCUACGGCGGCCAACGAUCUAGGCCGACGACGAGUUAGAGAAGGCAUUCGGCGACAUCGGACGUUUUAGCUAGGCAUCCGGCGACGUCCUCUUUCCGCGACAGCAGAAUUUUCAGAUGAGUCUUGUGACUGAUUCACCCGUGAACUCAUCAAGCAGUGAUGACUUUGCGGCAUUGCUUGACGCCGAGUUGGAUUCUAGUUCAUCUGAACCAUCACCGGACCAAGAAGUCGAGGAUGAUUUUGACCAUGAAAUUGAGAGGAUUAAAAGGCGCAAACUUGAGUUGGACAGCUCAGAUGAACCACAAGGUUCAACUCCCAUGAAUCUAGAAGCAUCCAUUGAGAAGGAUAUAUGCUCUCACCCUGGUGUUUUUAGAGGAUUGUGUAUACGAUGUGGCCAGAAGAUGGACGAUGGUUCUGGUGUAGCAUUUGGUUACAUACAUAAGGAUCUAAGACUUGGAAAUGAUGAAAUUGUUCGGUUACGCACUACAGACCUGAAGAAUUUGUUACGUCGCAGAAAGCUUUACUUGGUACUAGAUUUGGAUCACACACUGCUCAAUUCAACGCGGCUAGUAGAAAUGACACCAGAAGAGAGACAUUUAAGCAGCCAAGAAAAUCCUCUUCAGGGAGGCUUCUUUAAAUUGGACUCCAUGCACAUGAUGACCAAGUUGAGGCCAUUUGUUCACACAUUUCUCAAAGAAGCUAGUAAUAUGUUCGAGAUGUCUAUAUAUACAAUGGCUGAGCGUCCAUAUGCACUGGAAAUGGCAAAACUGCUUGAUCCUGAAGGGCUGUACUUCAGUUCCAGAGUGAUAUCACAAGCUGAUAGCACGCAGAGACAUCAAAAAGGUCUUGAUGUGGUGUUGGGGCAGGAAAGUGCGGUCUUGAUCCUUGACGAUACAGAGCAUGUGUGGCAGAAGCAUAAGGACAAUUUGCUGUUAAUGGAUAGAUAUCAUUUCUUUGCUUCUAGUUGCCGACAGUUCGGGUCCAACUUUAGAUCUCUCUCUGAGAUGAAUAGUGAUGAGAGUGAAACUGAUGGAGCACUUGCAACUGUUCUUAAAGUUCUUAAGCGAGUACAUAGCAUGUUCUAUGAUUCGGAAUCUGAGGACAAUCUUGACUGCAAAGAUGUUAGGCAGGUGCUAAAAAUUGUUAGGGCAGAAAUUUUGAAAGGGUGUAAAUUAGUCUUCAGCCGUGUUUUCCCCACCAAGUUCCAGGCCGAUAAUCAUCAUCUCUGGAAAAUUGCCGAGCAGCUGGGUGCUACGUGCUUGACAGAACUCGACCCAUCAGUGACUCACGUCAUUUCAGCAGAUGCUGGGACAGAGAAAUCUCGUUGGGCAGUUCGGGAGAAGAAAUUUCUGGUCAACAAGCGAUGGAUAGAAGCUGCAAAUUAUCUAUGGCGAAGGCAGCCUGAAGAAAACUUUCCUGUUUCAUAGUCCUGAACAGUUCUUUAUCUCCAGUAUUUUCCACCUGAUCUUCAUUUUGAUAGGUAUUGGCUAACCCCUGGCUUCCGAGAACCGCUGCAGCGAAUCAUAGAUGUAUAAACUGGACUACAAAGUGCAUACAUUCAUUGAAAAUGUAAUAUCAUGUUUAUUUUAGUUUUUUUUUUUUUUUGGCUAGGGUUUGCCCUUAUGAACCAGAUGUUGAAUGGAAAGAUAAUUUUUCAUUUUUCUGUA